CAAGAUUAAAAGGUUUGCCUGACAGGUGUAUGAUAUGAUAAUAUGAGCAAUUGAUAGCUUUAUAAAGUUUGUGAUAGAAUAAUGGAGUCCUUUCCUGGUUGAAAUACAGGAGGUAUGAUAAAUUAAUUACCAUUUUCAGUUUAUGAAGCAAAAGAGAGCCCUGAUUUACAAAAACGCGAGUAUCAAGAAAAUAAAUAAAGACUGUGAAAAAUCAUAAACAAAUAGAUCAACCAACCAUAUCAACAUAACUAUAAUAGAUACUACUAGAUGAUAAUAUGAAAUGGCAUUGGAACUACUAGAAGAGAAACUUGAACUAGCAGUCUUAUACUUCAAAACAUCAAAUUAUCCCAAAGCAUUGAAAGUAUAUGAUGAACUAAUCAAAUUAUUAUCAAACUUGUCUAUUGCAAAAGUAAAACAAAUACGACAAGAGAAAGGGUUUCCAGAAUCACCCAUCAUAGGAACAUGCGUUCAUCCAUCACUCACGUCACUUUUGGAUCAAAGAGCUGCUACCUAUGAAAAAUUGGAUCGAUUGAAUAAAGCAUUGUUUGAUGCUGAACAAAUCACUAAGAUUGAUCCUAUAAGUUGUAAAGGUUAUUUACGAGUAGGGAAAGUAUUACGAUGUAUGAAUAAAGAAGUUGAAGCUUAUAAAGCUUAUCAAACUGGGAUUUAUAUUAUAGAACAAGCAGCAAGGAAACAUGGGAUUAAAGUACUGGAAAAGUUAUUGAUUCAAUUGAAAAGUCAGUAUAGUACAUUAAAUCAAAAGCUUAGAAGUCAAAGACUUUCAAAAACUCCAUCUACUGGGAGUAAUAAUUCAAGUACUGGGGGUUCACAGGAAACCCCCUUGAAUAGCCAAUUAAACAAGAUGAUUCCAUUAAAGAGAAAUUCAAGUCAAUCAACAUCAAGUCAGAAAGUAAAAGUAUCAAAGCCAAGUAAAGCAUUCGAUCCAUUCUUAUAUCUACCAUUAGAAGUGAUUGAAGUCAUAUUUCAACAAUUACCCAUACACUUAAUCCUCAAGUGCCAUUUGGUGAGUAAGACAUGGUACUUCUGUUUAACCAAUAUCCCAAGUUUAUACAAUGAUAGAUUUAUAUUAAAACCUAGAAUCACAGUGGGAGAGUUCACCCAAGGUAUGAAACUAAUGAAACUGAUAGUUCAUAAAUCAUAUUCCCAACAAAUUAAGAAUUUACGAUUACGUUCAGUUAUUAAUGCCGUUCAGUUGAAAAAAGUGAUUGAAUUGAUAAUUCAAGAACCAAAUUUCAGUAUUCAGAACUUGGAUUUGUUUGAUACAAAUUUGAAUUUUCACCUUAUUUUGAAUCGUCUUAGUAAAUUAAGUUGGAGAUUAAAUAAUUUAAAAAGCUUGCAAGAGAUGAAAUUAGGGUUGAGUGGUAGUAUCCGAUAUGAGAAUAUUUUAUUAAAGCUUUUUCCAAAAUUAAAAAACUUACAUUUAGUAAUAAUUGAUCCUGAAUUGAAUAGUGCAUCGAAUGAUCUCAUACCGAUUCAAGAUAAAAGGUUCAAACAAUUAGUGGAAACUGCAAAUAAUGAGCUUGUUGAAUUUGAAUCAUUGCAGAGUUUAGUAACUAUCAAUCAUCCUCAAUUAUUGAAGAGUAAUAAUAAGAUGAGAGUUUCCAUGAAUAGUUUUAAUCCUUAUCCUUUAUUCCUUGAUAAGGGAUUCCCUAAUUUAACAGAAUUAUCCAUUGCAUCAUUUGAUUUUUUGAAUAGAUUGCCAUUGUUAGGUGAAUUCUUAAUCAAGACUACCAAAUUAACCAAGAUAAUUCUUGAAAACAAUGUUAAUUUUAAAUUAUUGGAUUUCUUACAACUUUUAAAGAAUUAUAAUCCAUCGUUCACAUUGACAAAAUUAGUAUUCCGAGAAGAGAAAUUAAACUCAGCUACUAAUUUAAAUGAAUUCUCUUUGAAUGAUUUAUCCCAAUUAUCAACUUUACAAUAUCUUGAUUUAUAUGGAAGUUCCUUAUCGACACGAGGAUUGUUACUAUUUUUAAAGAUAUGUAAUCGAUCAAAAUCUUUGGAUACGUUACUUAUCGGUCUCUCGGGACAUAUUUAUUUCCGAACUGAUACCUUCCAUAUGGGUCCAAAUCAUAAUACAUUAUCAUUGAGUCGAUUAAUCAAGGUAGUUCCAAAUUUGGCAAAGUUAUAUUUGAAUGAAUUAGAUAUUGAUAAUUUGACGUUAAAAACAUUCAAUCAAGAUCUUGAACGGGAGAUUGGGUAUCAAGCAUGUAAAUUAAAAGUAUUAGAUAUAAGUUUCUGUACUAAGAUUGAAGGUAUUGGAUUAAUUGAUUUAUUCAAUGCAACUUCAACUAAUUUAAAACGACUUAAACGAGGUGAUCAAUCAGUGGAAUGUUUAAAGUUGGAUGAGUUAAUUAUAGAUGGGAUUGAAAUCAAUCCUUCCACUCUUAAACUACUUACUGAUUUUAAAUUCGUCAAAGUUAUAAAGAAUGAUGCUAAUAAAAGAAAAUGGAAAUCAUUUGGUAUAAAUAGUUUAGUUAUUCAAUAAACUUAAUGAUUGCAAAAUUUUAUCUAAAAAGUUUUGACAAUUUUGCACGACCAACUUUUUUUUUUUGAUGUUUUAUUUUGUGUAGUGUA